UCUCUGAAAAGGUAGGGGUCAAGGACCUUAUGGGACUGCAAUCGUGCCUGCCAAUUGGGGAAGGACGCGGGCCUGGCAACCGCUCGGCUCUAGUAAGGGAAACUGGUAUGUCUCACAUCAUUGCUCGAAGACAGGAAAACUGCAAGUUAGCUCAGUUGGUUGGGCAUAUGUGAGUGACGCGAACUAGCAUUUAGAAUUGAGAAAGCCGCUGGGUUUAUUAUUCAACCAUGGAUCGCAGCGCAGGAAUCAAAUCAACGAGAAAUCCUGGAAAGAGAGUAGCGAUGGAAAAGCGUGAAACAAUGUCAAGUCUCGACUCGACAUGUUAGAAGGAGCUAAAUCAAUAGGUGCCGGAGCUGAACUCGUAUUCAGAGAUGGAGGAAAUCAAGUCUCAUGUUGCUCCUCUGAAAAUGCGUAUAGAAAUGGUGUGGUGGAGAAUGCGCGUUAGCGCAACGGCUUUCGCGCUAGUUGCUCAAAAAAUCGUAUAAAAAUCAAGCAAGAAAAUGGUUCUUGCAGGGCAGUGGGCGUGGGACUGUAAAUCCUCUUUCGUUCGCUGGGCCUGGGCCCUUUGGACUGUAAAUCCAAACGGAGUAAGUGGUUCGAUUCCACUCAUGAACGAGAGCGAGACUGAACGAAAGAAAAUGCAAGUGAAACGAGACGAGAAUCAAAGAUUGGGAACAUGCAUUUGAACCUUCCGAAACCGGUAUUGGACAGUGUUCAGUGACCCAAUAUCAAUAUAAUAUAUAGUACUAUAGUAAGUACUAAAGUGUUGUCCCUUUCGUCUAGCGGUUCAAGAUCUCGUCUUUUCAUGUCGAAGACACGGGUUCGAUUCCCGUAAGGGAUAGGUACUGAUUCCUGCCGGUCUGAUUGCUGAGUGGUUAGAAGAUCAGCUGCUAACCUAUUUUCAUUUCUAACUUACCACCUGUAUUUCCGGAAACGAAAACCGGAAAUGACAAUCCUUUCAACUGUCUGUACAAAAUUACUUUGUACGAAUGCACAUCUCGGCCGUCGGGUAGCUGCUCACCAUUUAAAAGUCUAUACCCGUGGUUCCAGAAAUGGAAUUGCUAUUCUCGAUUCAGACAAGACACUGAUUUGUUUACGAAGCGCUCUUCAUUUUAUAGGAUCUCUCAUUCGUAAAAAAGGCCAUUCCUUCUUUUUAAAGACUAAUCAUUUAUUUAUAUAUUUGAUAAUGGAAAAAAUGAUAUAUUCGAUAAUGGAAAAAAUGGGGAGCUGUAUCAAUGAUUCUCAAUGGAAGAUCGGGGCUUUUUUGACCAAUUCUUAUGCUAAUCCUAAGAAAUUCCGUUCAAGAAAGAAGAAAAUCCAUUUUGGGUUGAACCAACAACCUGAUUGUGUGGUUAUUCCGAAUCCAGAUAGAAAGUCAUCGGUCAUACUGGAAGCUAAUCGAUCACAAAUACCGAUUGCAUCCUUACUUGAUUCUACGAUCCCAUGGGAAUCCUAUAAAAGAAUCACUUAUCCCAUCCCAGCAAAUGAUACUAUACAGUUCAUAUAUCUAUUUCGUCAUUCGAUCACGAAAACAGUGAUUCUUGAACGGCCAAGAAUAACAGCAAUUCAGGGGGCUGGAGCACGAGCUUUUAGUACGGCAGGGUCUGGGGGUAGGAAGCACUACGCCUCUGCCUCUGGGAAUAAGUAUAAAUACAAGGCUACCUUUAUCCAUUUAUUUUGGAUGAAAAUCCUCCUUCUCCUUCCCCGGGUUCCACUAGGAUUAUUAUGUUUAUUUUGCCGGAUACCCACGAGCAUACUAAGUCUUUUUUUUUUCAUACUAAGUCUUUUUUUUUGUGUGGAAUCCGCAGCUGCUGCGACAGGGGGGGAUAUUGUAAUGGCUCAUCCGCCCGGGAGUUCGGGAUACACCACAAAUACACUGGUGGAUGCACUGAUGGACACGACGAGUGCUAGUGCUUCCUCCGGGGAGCCUUCUGUGAAUCAGCCGACGCCUGAAUUCCAUCCUGUUGAGCAGGAGGCACCGAUGGAUGCACUGAUGGACACGACGAGUGCUCGUGCUUCUUCCGGGGAGCCUUCCGUGAAUCAGCCGACGCCUGAAUUCCUUCCUGUCCAGCAGGAGGUCGAGCAACAGGCAUUGUUGACUGAAAUCCGCGAAGUUCUUCAGCAAGAAUACCGGAGGUACAUCAUCCGCUCUAGUCCCUGGAUGCGGAACACCGGGUAUCUGUAUUCACCGAAUAUAACAAGGGUAGCAGAAUUAAUGAUUAAAGAUUUAGAGUUAGACUUAAGUUCAAUUGAAGAAUUACAGCAAUUUCUCCAAGACAUUGGGGCAAAUCCCCAGCAAUUGAAUUCCGAAUUCUUUAAUUACUGGGGGAGGAGAGCUUAAUGAUUUCGAAGACUGGGGGAGCUAAAUGAUUUAGAAGAAAGAAUGGUUGGGAUGGGGGUCUCAUAGAUAGGUUGGGGACUUAAGUGAUUCAUUUGAAGAGCAGGAUUGGGUGGCCGACCGGCCCGCAGACGUAGGAAGGCUUUUCUCGCCGACUGAACUGUGUCACCAAAGUCGCGAUCAGAAAGGUUUCUAUCCGGACCAUGCAUCUGGAAAGCGCCGGUUCGAUUCCGGCUCGUGACAUGAAGAAGAAGUCCCAAACAGGGAUCAGAUGAGUUUGCACAGCGUUACUUUGUUGACGGAAAAUCAAAUUGUUCUUCCGGUUCAAUGAAGACUAU